AUGUCGCAGGGACUCCUUGCCCCAGAUGGACCUAGCUACCAAGCACUGAUCAUUCCCAAUGCCACACGUAUCAACGACAAAGUGUUGUCCAAGUGCAAAGAAUAUGCUGAAGCCGGUCUCCCCAUAAUAUUCAUGGAAGCAUCACCAUAUUCAUUGCCGCGAGUUCCUAGCCAAAACGAAACCGUAACGGCGCUGAGAGCAAGAUGCAAAGAGUCAGAUCGCUUUCGCUCGGCUGAUUUACAAACGGGUGGAGACAUCAAACCUUGGAAGAACUUUGAAGAUUGCCGCUUUGCCAUCACUCUCGACUACAUCACUUGCUGUGGAAAGGCUCAUGACUCUGUUGACGUGGAAGCGACCUGGAAAUGCAACAGGGAGUUGUACCAAAAGGCGCUAAAAGUCCGGUGCGCUCUCGCUAUGAAGUUUUGA